UCUGGCCAUUGCGACUGAGUGAGACUCAUCAUGGCUAGCGACGGACCACCGGGUACUGACUCCAACCCGGAUUUAAAUACAUGGAGCAAUCCAGAAUUGCAAGCGAAACUGGCUGAGAUCGGGGCUCCUAAUAUGGGUCCGAGAGAAGAGCUGGUUGAAAGAUUAAAAGCAUACACAAUGCAGACUGGAGUGCUCCUCAGUAAACCCAAUCUGUCAGGAGGCGAUGACAAGAUGCCCUCAACGAUGGCAGGUUUGCCACCAAUGCCGCCCAUGCCCUCCAUGCCACUUCCACCUGGCAUGGGCAUGCUUCAGGCCAUGGGCAUGAUGGGUGGACCCCCUCCCCCAGGCUUGCACAUGGGCAUGGACCCACAGACCAUGAUGAUGCACGAGGAGAGAGCCAAACAGGCUGCUGUUCUGCUGGAGCAGGAGAGGCAACAGGAGCUGGCCAAAAUGCAGCCUGGCCCCCGGGCCCCCGACACAGGGUCACGCCCAAACCUCCUCCCACCCAUUCCCCCUCUCAACCCCAUGAGAGCCAUGACCCCGAGUGGCCCGCCCCCUCCGGGCGUUUCCAUGGUGACACAGCCCAGUCAGAGGCAGAGGGUUCCCCCACCGCCUGGAGAAGACACCAGAGAGUCGUGGCAGGGUGAGGAGGUGGGUGUGGGGCCGAAGAUCCCUCAGGCUCUGGAGAAGAUCCUCCAGCUGAAGGAGAUCAGACAGGAGCAGCUGACCACAGGCCCAGCAGGGGAUGAAGAGGAGGACGACGAAGAUAACACAGAGAUGGACAUGAACAGCUCGUCCGUUCGCACUCUGUCAGAGAACGAGGAUGAGGAGACCGGCAUCUCGAAGAAAGACAAAAACCGCAAACGCAGGAACAGAAAGAAGAGGAACAAGAAGAAGAGAGAGCAGGAGAAGAAGGAGCGAGAGGAAGAGAAGAAAAAGAACGAGGAGGAGAAGGAGAAAGAGUCCGAGGUGGAGAUCGAGUACGUGACGGAGGAGCCCGAGAUCUACGACCCCAACUUCAUCUUCUUCAAGAGGAUCUUUGAGGCCUUUAAGCUGACGGAUGACGUGAAGAAGGAGAAAGAGAAGGAACCGGAAAAGACGGAGAAGCCAGAGGCGACCUCCCUGAAAAAGAAGGGAUUUGAGGAGGAAAAGAAAGACAGCGAUAGCGAUGAGGAAGCCAAACCAGACGCUCCCAAACUGUCCAAGAAGAAGCUGAGGAGGAUGAACAGGCUGACGGUGGCUGAACUUAAACAGUUGGUGGCGCGCCCGGACGUGGUGGAGAUGCACGACGUGACGGCUCAGGAGCCCAAGCUGCUGGUGCACCUGAAGGCCACGAGGAACACGGUUCCCGUCCCGCGCCACUGGUGCUUCAAGAGGAAGUACCUGCAGGGCAAGAGAGGUAUCGAGAAACCGCCCUUCGAGCUGCCUGAGUUCAUCAAGAGGACCGGCAUCCAGGAGAUGAGAGAGGCUCUCCAGGAGAAGGAAGACGCCAAAACCAUGAAGACCAAAAUGAGGGAGAAGGUUCGGCCUAAGAUGGGAAAGAUCGACAUCGAUUAUCAGAAACUUCACGACGCGUUCUUCAAAUGGCAGAUCAAACCAAAGCUGACGAUUCACGGGGACCUGUACUAUGAGGGGAAAGAGUUUGAGACCCGUCUGAAGGAGAAGAAACCGGGUGACCUGUCUGAUGAGCUGAGGAUCGCUCUGGGCAUGCCCACCGGACCGAACUCACAUAAGGUUCCUCCCCCGUGGCUGAUCGCCAUGCAGAGAUACGGCCCUCCCCCGUCCUACCCCAACCUGAAGAUCCCAGGACUCAACGCCCCCAUCCCUGAGGGCUGUUCAUUCGGUUAUCACGCCGGAGGCUGGGGGAAACCGCCCGUGGACGAGACGGGAAAACCGCUGUACGGAGAUGUGUUCGGGACCAACGCAGGAGACUUCCAGGCUAAAGCCGAGGAGGAGGAGGUGGACCGGACUCCGUGGGGAGAGCUAGAGCCGUCGGACGAAGAAUCGUCUGAGGAAGAGGAGGAGGAGGAGAGCGACGAGGACAAACCAGAUGAAACGGGUUUCUUCACACCUGCAGACAGGUACUCCGGGUUGAUCACUCCUGGAGGAUACUCGUCUGUACCUGCCGGCAUGGAGACCCCAGAGCUCAUUGAGCUGAGGAAGAAGAAGAUAGAGGAGGCAAUGGACGGAAACGAGACCCCUCAGCUUUUUACGGUGCUGCCGGAGAGAAGGACAGCCGCACUGGGAGCAGCGAUGAUGGCUUCUACACACAUCUACGACGUUUCUGGGGCCAUGGCGGGUCGUAAAGCAGGCGGAGGCCAGGAGUCCCAGGGAGUGGAGGUGGCUUUGGCCCCUGAGGAGUUGGAGCUGGAUCCCAUGGCCAUGACGCAGAAGUAUGAGGAGCAUGUGCGGGAGCAGCAGGCCCAGGUGGAGAAAGAAGACUUCAGCGACAUGGUGGCCGAACACGCCGCCAAACAGAAGCAAAAGAAAAGAAAGGCCCAGCCCCAGGACACCCGUGGAGGAGCCAAGAAAUACAAAGAGUUCAAAUUUUAG